UCUCCCUCCCCAAAAUCCUCACUACUCUAUUUAGGGUUUUAGCGAGUCGUCGUCCUCGUCGUUGCGAGAGCGAGAGGGAGCUAGGGCCAAAGGGGGCGAGAAGCGGAGGCGGAGCUCGUAGCCAUGGCGUCCACCAAGGUCCAGAGGAUUAUGACCCAACCCAUCAAUCUCAUAUUCAGGUUUCUUCAAAGUAAAGCUCGUAUCCAGAUUUGGCUGUUCGAGCAGAAAGAUUUGAGGAUCGAAGGGAGGAUCAUUGGUUUUGAUGAGUACAUGAACUUGGUUCUGGAUGAAGCCGAUGAAAUCAAUGUCAAGAAGAAGACAAAAAAACCACUAGGGCGGAUUCUCUUGAAAGGAGACAACAUUACUUUGAUGAUGAGCACGGGAAAAUGAUGAGCACACCAUAUUUCUCUGAAGGCUGUCUAAAGCUCGAUUUGGCUAACUUGCGAACUAUGCUUUCUUUGUGCUAUUUAGACCAGGAUGUCAUAUGUUGUUUAAAACCUUUUUAUAGUACAUUGUAGACUGCAAUGCUUUGAUUAGUGUUGGUAACAACAAAAGCUUAGAUUUGUUUCUGCACUCGCAUAGUAUAGUGGUGCUUGUUCUAUGUCAAAUUGCAUCGGAACAUUAACCAAUUUCCCCCCCUUUUUUUUGAA